CCUCCUUCCAGUCUGUCCACUCCAGGCGGUGUCGAGCGGCGGCGGAGUGUCAGGUGUCUUUCAGGUUCUGCCGAACACUCAACGGAAGUUCCCACAGGUUCUCAGGUAGUUGGCAGAGAUGGAAAGCGCUUCAUUUAAUCGAAAGUCCUGGGCGACGCAGUCCUUGCGUGUCACUGCCAGGGAGAUAUCGCUGGUCGGCGGUCGUGGGAAAAGCAACGCCAUCGCAGAACGCUUUUCCAAGUAUCAAAAAGCUGCUGAAGAUGCAAGUUCUGAGAAGAAAAAAGGAUCCUUUGAAAGUGGAACAACCUCCCUGCGCUCAGGUAACCUGAGUGCUCUGAAGAAGCGUUGGGAACAAGCUGGAACCAAAGAUCAGGUGAAAACGUCCUCAGUUCCACCUGCAGGCCACUCCAUCUCCAGCAUCCGCCGCAGACAUUCAGCCCUGAUCAGGCCCGCUGCGAUCCAAGAAGAGUCCCCUCCUCUGGUAUCGAGCCCCACCCCGCUGACCGAUCAGGACCGUCAGCGCACAGCCAGCCGAGUCCAGCAGCCACCUGCAGCUCCAGUGGGCAAAGAGCAGAGAGGGAUGGAUCGGGACGAGAUGACGCGCAGGAAAGCUCCUGAGAAGGAUGAGGAGGUUCCCACCAGCCCGUGUGCCAUUUAUGAAAAACCCAGAGUGCCACUGAACAAUCUGAAGAUGAAGUUUGAGAGGAGAGAAGACAUCACGAGCAAGGGCGGCAGGUCAACAAUUCGAAGCACUUCAUCUGAGGACCUGGAGGAUCCCAAAAGUCCGUUAGACGGACCACAUGAGUCUUCAUCCCUGAGGGAGAAGAUGGCCAAGUACCAGACUGCUAAACUGGACACCGCUCAUUCUUCUGCACAGGUCCAUGAGAAGGACACCUCUACCCCUGAGUGCAACGGAAAGAGUGCUGAGCCACCUAAAGCAACCAGGUUUCGCCCACCAGUGGGAGAGAAAUGCAUUGCUUGCCAGAAGACGGUGUACCCACUGGAGAGACUGGUGGUUCAUGAUCAUGUUUAUCACAAGAAGUGCUUCUGCUGUUCUCACUGUAACUCAAAGCUGAGUCUUGGGAACUAUGCUUCUCUCCAUAACAACAUCUACUGCAAGGCCCAUUAUAACCAGCUGUUCAAAGCCAAAGGGAACUACGACGAAGGUUUCGGCCACCGUCCUCACAAAGAGCUGUGGGAGCCGCGAGCUGACGGGGAGGAAAAUGAGGAGGCGUUGACACCCAAAGAGCAACCAGAAACGGUGAAACGUCCAGCUGAAAGCCCCUCAGAUGUGCAGCCCGCUUCAAAUGGUGAAGCCUCCCCACCGGUGAAGGUUACAGACCUCACCGCCUUGCUGGAGAACCGCAAGCAGAAGAACGACCCCUCUGGAGAGAAACAUCGGCCUGCUGCUGAGGCGCACAGGCUGAGGGUGGCCUGGCCUCCUCCCGCCGGAGAGGCCCACGCUGCAGGACCGCUGAGUCCAGUCGCAGAGGGGCUUCCUUCAAGCCGGAUCAGGAUAGGCAAGUGGCCCCCCGAGGAUGACGUGCAGCCAUCCUACCAGAGCACGGAGCGGGCGGAGCUGAAGAGCCUGAGGAGGAGCACCUCUCUGAAGGAGCGCAGCCGGCCAUUUACACUCGCAGCUAAACCUGCCUCCAAAACCACCACCGCCACCGCUCCAGCACCCAGGGAGCUCCGCCGUCCUCUCAAAUCACUGCUGGAAUGGAAAAAAUCUUUUGAGGAAAAACAGGCAUCCGAAGACAGAUCCAGUGAGGUUCAGCAGGAGAAAGAAGAGCUGAAGAAGCCUCAAACACCAACAGCAGCAGCACCAAAUGGAAAGAUGACGAAGAGUCUGCCUGAGCAGCAGGAGGGAAGAUGUGAACAAACACACAAAAGAGAAGCGACACCAGAGGAGGAAAAACCAGAGAGCCUUUCUUCUGACACUCCUCCAUCUCCCCCUCUGCAGCCAAAAGAGAACCGGACCCCCCAGGAUGUGGGCUUCUGGGAGGAGGACAAAGAAGAAAAUGAUGCUGAGGAUCUGAGUGCCGAGGAUAUAAUCAAGAGGAAUCGCUAUUAUGAUGAAGAUGAUGAAGACGAGGACUCGAUAGUUUAGGAGUUCCCAACAGUCCUACUUUCACAAUCAUACACAUCCUGUUUUAUUCUACAGCUCAGCUCAUAGGUGCAUCAUUAAGCUUUACUUAAUUUUAUACAUACAAAACUUAUUAGGUGUCUUUGAACACAUUUUACUGGUUUUACAUACAUUUUAAUUAAUUAUAUUUUAAAAAACACCUUGGAAUAAAUAGUUAUAUUUAAAGAUGGACCUCUUCGAUUGAAUCAUUGGAGGUUUAUUUUCUGAAGGAGAAAAGACAGUUAAAUGAAUAAGUUUUAGAUUUUAGUUGAGCUCCCAACACUUUGCUCCAAGUCCUGUCCUUUCUCAGGGAUGAAACAGUCAUUUGUGUUGUUGCCCUCUGAUGAUCACGUCUUUGUUUUGGGUUUUCUUCCAGGGGAACAGAACCAAUGCUGCUUACUCUCAGCUUUCUGAUUUAACAAGUUUUUUUUUWAAUUGGUUUAGAAUCGUGUUUUCUUUCUGGUUCUGUGCUGAAGUGACUCAGCUUUCAGUUUGUUUGGACUGAACAGGUCUGUUUCUUUGUCAAAUACUUUUGUACUUGUGUAUUCYAACAUUUUCUGUAAAUUCAUCUCUAAUAAUCUGAAAGGUUUCCACAAAAACUCAGCUUUGAUUUUGUCAAUGGGCCUUCCAAGUCUAAUAUUAUAUUAACAUUGUAAUUCAUAUUGUAAGUUAAAUGAUUUUUAUGUGUUUUAUGUUAUGGAAAAUGACUUUGCUUGACAAUUGGUUAUUAAAACUUUGGCUUUCACA